AUGAAUAGAUAUGUGGCUACAGCUUGUAUUGAUAAAGUACUUGCUUUGGUUCUUUGCGGAUUUUCGGGAAUUGCCAAUUCCGAACUGAACCCUAGCCGACCUAAGCUCGACCCAGCCCUUGCCGUGCUCGCACCUCUGCCGUCGGCGAGCAACCUCGGCCGCCGGAAAAAGGCUAGCAAUUGCUUUCCUCCAUCUUCCUCUCCACCGUGCUGUUUUUUUCCUGGCCGUGGAUCACCCAGAGGUCGUCCACUCGAGUCGUGCCCCCUCCCCUGGCCAGGGCCCAACCUCCGGCAGCUCCCCCGCCGGUCCGCGCCGCCGCCGCGCGCCGCCGUCGCAGCCUGGGCGACCCGCGGCCAGCAGGAGCCAGCUCUGGCCGAGGCAACCUUGCAUUUUCCUCCCCGCGCCGCCACCGCCCGGGACCACGUCGGGGACCUUCCUCGAGACCCUCCGGCACCUCCGCGUCCGGCCGGAGUGGUCGCCGCCGCCGCUGCGCGGCUAGGGCGUCGCCGCGGCUACCCUCUGGCAGAACUAAGUUCAGGCGGCCGAGCUUGGGUCGUGGGCCAUCACUGCCGUCGCCGCCGCAUCCCUUCUCCUCCUCCGACCUCAGGUGACUUCUCGCCGCCGCACCGAGGUGCCCCGAUCGCCGCCGAGGCCGGCGCGGAAACCCGAGUCCGAGCGCGGCUCAUGCGGGCUUGUGUUGCACCGCCGCCGCCACCGCCGCCUCUCGCCGCCGGGCGGCGCGAGCACUGGCCCUCCCUGGCCUACCGCACUCGCCCUCUGCCGGCGCGGUCGCCGCCGAAGCCUCCGCCGGCCGAGCUUGGGGCCGAGCUCCCCUUCACCUCGUACGGCUAG